GCUUUUAUUUUGAAAUACAGAAUUUUAACGCAAGCAACGGCGUGAUUGAGGAAGGCUUCACGGCGGCCGAGGACUGUUCACAACAAAGACGAGAGGCAGAUUUUUAUUUAGAGUCAACACAGUUUCAUCAGAUAAGCGCUAAAUUAUUCAGGGUCAGAAAGAGGAAAAACGACCGCUAACGUCGUGCUAAUUGGGAAGCGCACAAUGUCUGCUAUCUGUGGACCCACAGGCUGAAGAGGUCUGAACGUUCUGGAGAGCUGGGAAGCGAGAGAUGGGGAACACAGCCACCAAGUUCCGCAAAGCACUGAUCAGUGGAGAUGAGGUUCUGGCCUAUCAGCUCUACGAGGGCAACCCGCAGUUCAAAGAGUCUUUGGACCCCAACACUUCAUAUGGGGAACCGUACCAACACAACACCCCGCUCCAUUAUGCUGCCAGACAUGCCAUGACCCGCAUACUCAGGUCCUUCCUCUUCAGCAAGGACGGGAACCCCAACAAACGUAACAUGCACAAUGAGACCACACUGCAUGUGUUAUGCAUGGGGCCAAAUAUCUUGCUAUCCGAAGGGGCGCUGCAGCCGCGACUAGCCCGUCCCUAUGAAGAUGAACGCAGACGGGCUGAGUGCCUCCAGAUGAUCCUAAAGUGGACCGGUGCCAAACUGGAUCGUGGUGAAUAUGAGAGUGCUGACGUCAGCGCCACCGAUAACAAGAAAAACACACCACUACACUACGCUGCUGCCUCAGGGAUGAAGGCGUGUGUGGAGUUUCUGGUGAAACGUGGUGCAGACCUGUUUGCAGAGAAUGAAAACAAGGAGACCCCAUGUGACUGUGCAGAAAGGCAGCACCAUAAGGAGCUUGCGCUCAGUCUGGAGUCUCAGAUGGUCUUCUCCACUGACCCCCAUGCAGAGGAUAUUGAGGCAGAGUAUGCAGCCUUAGACCGCAGGGAGUUUUAUGAAGGUUUGCGAGUGCAGGACCUCAGGAGAUUGAAGGACAUGCUGAUAGUGGAGACGGCAGAUAUGUUGCAAGCUCCUCUCUUCACCGCAGAGGCUCUUCUUCGGGCACAUGACUGGGAUAGAGAGAAACUCCUGGAAGCUUGGAUGUCUAAUGCUGAAAACUGCUGUCAGCGCUCAGGCGUUCAGAUGCCAACUCCCCCGCCCAGAGGCUACAACACCUGGGACACCCUUCCCUCGCCCCGUACACCUCGCACCACUCGCUCAUCCAUCACCUCUCCGGAUGAGAUCAGCUUGACCCCUGCUGAUGAUGAUCGCUCCUUGUGUGGCAUUUGUAUGUGUGCAGCCUCCAUGUUUGAGGAGCCUGUUGAUAUUCCAUGUGGUCAUGAGUUCUGCAGAGGAUGCUGGGAAAGUUUCCUCAAUAUGAAGAUUCAGGAAGGGGAGGCUCACAAUAUCUUCUGCCCAGCCUAUGACUGCUUCCAGCUGGUUCCUGUUGAGGUCAUUGAGAGCAUUGUGUCCAGAGAGAUGGACAAACGUUAUCUGCAGUUUGACAUCAAGGCAUUUGUGGAAAAUAAUCCUGCCAUCCGGUGGUGCCCGCGGGCUGGCUGUGAUAGAGCAGUGCGAUUGGCCGGACAGGGGCCAGGUGCCAGCACCUCUGACCCUCUCAGUUUUCCUCGCCUCCAGGCCCCUGCGGUGGACUGUGGCAAGGGCCAUCUUUUCUGCUGGGAGUGCCAAGGAGAGGCCCAUGAACCAUGUGACUGCCAAACUUGGAAGAUGUGGCUCCAGAAAGUCACUGAUAUGAAACCAGAAGAAUUGGCAGGUGUAAGUGAGGCGUAUGAAGAUGCUGCCAACUGCCUGUGGUUACUCAGCAACUCCAAACCCUGUGCCAACUGUAAAUCUCCCAUUCAGAAGAAUGAGGGGUGUAACCACAUGCAAUGUGCCAAGUGCAAGUAUGAUUUCUGUUGGAUCUGUCUGGAAGAGUGGAAAAAACACAGUUCCUCAACAGGAGGUUACUACCGCUGCACACGCUAUGAGGUCAUUCAGCAAGUGGAGGAGCAGUCUAAAGAGAUGACUGUUGAGGCUGAGAAGAAACACAAGAACUUCCAGGAAUUGGAUCGCUUCAUGCACUAUUACACACGGUUUAAGAAUCAUGAGCACAGCUGCCAGCUGGAAGAACGCCUGCUUAAAACGGCCAAAGACAAGAUGGAACAGCUGAGCAAAGUUCUGAGUGGAAGAGAAGGCGGACCUCCAGAUACUACUUUCAUUGAAGAUGCAGUGCAUGAACUACUUAAGACUCGUCGUAUUCUCAAGUGCUCUUACCCUUAUGGGUUCUUUUUGGAGCCCAAAAGCACAAAAAAGGAAAUAUUUGAACUUAUGCAGACUGACUUGGAAAUGGUGACAGAAGAUCUUGCACAGAAAGUCAACCGGCCUUACCUCCGCACGCCUCGUCAUAAGAUAAUCCGCGCUGCCUGCCUGGUGCAGCAAAAGAGGCAGGAGUUUUUGGUCUCUGUGGCAAGAGGUGUGGCACCCAAUGAUUCGCCCGAAGCCCCUCGACGCAGUUUUGCUGGUGGGACAUGGGACUGGGAGUACUUGGGUUUCUCUUCUCCUGAGGCGUAUGCUGAGUUCCAGUACAGACGCAGACACAGGCAGCGCAGGAGAGGAGACAUGGCCAGCCUCCGCAGCAACACACCCGACCCUGAUGACCCAGACCACAGCACUUUAGACGCACAAGAAAUUGGUGGUGGUCAGAGACCGGGUUUGCCCAUGCCUCACGGUUCUCUAGAUGAAGAUGAUCCCAAUAUCCUGUUGGCCAUCCAGCUUUCUCUGCAGGAGUCUGGGCUGACUGCAGGCGCUGCUGGCAUUGAUGCACAAGAGAUCCUCGCAAAUGAAGCAUCUCUGGGGGCCAUUGGAACAUCCCUGCCCACACGGCUGGACCCGGUGCUGUGCGGGAUAGACGUGCCCCGUGCUGCCCUGAGCAGCUCCGAGCUGUUAGAGGUGGGUGACAGCCUAAAGAAGCUCGGUAAUAUCAGUGGCCAGAAUGUCCCUCCGCGUUAUGACAAUCUCAACAAUCCUUCCUGUGAGUCCAUUGAGAGCCCCUUCCAAGCUCCUUCAGGACAUACGGAGACCUCUGAUUUCAGUUCAGACAACGCCAACCUUCUUGGCAACAUCAUGGCUUGGUUUCAUGACAUGAAUCCGCAGAAUAUCAGUUUGGUUCCUUCGGCUGGUGAUUUUGGCGUUCAGUCAGCGAGAAUGAUAACCGAGCCGACCGAGUGCGCUGUUCCACUGUGGACACCGGGGGGCGAUAGAGAGGCAGAGCACGAGUUCGACUCCGCUAUCGAGCGUGAGCCUAUCAGGCCGACACAGUUAGACCUGGUAGGUCUCGAUAUGUGUCCGGUACCUCCUGCUUCCUCUGUCGAGUUGGGCGAAACCCCGAGCGCUUUGAACCCGUGUCACUCCGACACCCCAAAAUGUGACUCAGACCCCGACCAGCCUAGCAGUAGCUCCUCUGAAUGGGAGGGUCAAGUACAUCUUGUAUGAAAUACUGACUUCACUUACUAGCUAAGGCACUUUUUUUGAUGAAGUAGCUGAACCCGAGGAACAAGAUUAAUCAUGACAAGAAGUUUUGUAUUGUCAGAUAUGUAGUUUUUGAGUACUCGCUCAGGCCUUUGUGCUUAUGAGGCAUGUGUUGUUUGCUCACUAAAAAACUUGUUCCGAUCCUGGAGUGUUAAACACUUUUAAAAGAGUCAGCAACUGAACCAGAAAGCGCUAUGAAGGUGCAACAGGAAGGGAAAUAUUCUGAUAAAUCUACUAUAUAGUACAGGAUGGUAUUCAGCGCGAGUCCGCCUGAUGUAAAAGAUACUGUAGGUGCCAAAAACACUGGCUAGCACACGCCGAGUGGACGGAGUGCUGACCGUGCCUGCUGCUGAGGGCCUAGCCGCCCUAUCAAGUACACUAUCCUUCCUUUAAACUAGACCUGUAGUAUUAGAGAAGUGCACAACAGCAUCACGCUCAGAAGAGCUGGGCUGAUAAUCACAGAAACUAAAAGAAGAGUAAUUCUAGUUGCAGUCGACUUUUCUUUUUCUGGUCAAACGUAAUCACUGUAAUCCGUCACCGGCUAAUUAGAACGGAAAGUACCGGCGAGUUUAAACUCAGUUCAGGAGCGCCGCGCCGGAUCUGGAAAACGUUUUGUCUUUGCAACUUAUCACAGUGCCUUUUCUGUGAAACUUCUCUUUAUUUAUAGCCGCUCUCUUGUGCUCGAAGCCCAGAGUGUGGGAAGUUUCAAUACACAUCUUACUUGUACUUUCAGGUGGCGCUUAAGCAAACUGAGCUCAAUGUUUUUUUUAAAAGAAAUUUUUAUACAGGUUCAGUUGUCCUUUAGCAUGCCUCUGGCCUCUUCUCCCGGGUUGUUUUUAAAGCAGUUGUCUAAAUGAACUUGGACAAAUUUACGGAAUAAAUCGAUCUAUAUUUAAUGAGAUACUAAUCAUUGUGUGUUAAGAUGUGAUUUCCACAUUGCCACAUGUAAAAAUUACGUUUUCAAAUUUAAAAAUGUAAAAAUCGGUAGAUGAUUUCCUGGUGCAUCUCUAAUAGAAAUGUUAGUUUUUUUUCUCCUAGAAUAUCUAAGAACAGCCAGAAGCUGUUUUAGCUUCAGAUUCACAUUUCUACAUAUAGUGGAACUCACCCACAAUUAAGAUUUUUUUUUUUUUUUUUUUUUUUUUCUUUUUACAAUUCAUGUAACUGUGUUAUUUCUCUACAAAAAAAUAAUAUGGAAAUGAAUUUUCUAUUUAUUUAAAAUUGAAUGUCCUUAAAAAUGAAUGAAGAUGAAGGUAUAGUUGGUCAUGAUGAAAAAAAAUGAAUGAACGCCAAUAUAUAUUUUUAUGUAUAUAUCAAACUGUAAUAACACAGUGCCACUUUUCAAUAUUUGCUUAUUACUUAAAAUGUGUCUGCUGAAAUAAUUGUUCAAAGCCUUUUAGACGAUUUAACAGAAUGUUUUUGAUUUGCUUCAAUUUUCAUUGUGAAAACCUGCCCAACUUUUCAUCUGAUGAAACCGCUAAAUCGCAGCAGCACUAAGUUUUAAGCACUUCAGAAAAUUUGCACAAAAUUAGCUCACAUUUCAGCUAUGGAAUAACACGUUUUAGCUGAUAGGUUUGCCGUUAUAUUUAGCAAUUUUGAGUAAGCAGGCGCCUGAUGUUUUCCUGUGGGCUUGAUGUCAUAUGUGUGUUGAUUCUGACCUAAUAUCUGAAUUGAAGUAUUGCACUGCAUAAACUGAAAUUGAAGGCAAACCUGUCCGUUAAGUGGUAUUUUGGUAUCAUUCCAUUCGUCAAAGUUUGGGGGAGCGCACACAUGAAUUUUUUUUCUGUAUGUACAGUUUAUAUGUGUGAUCGGAAUGGGUUAAGCUCACUAAAUCACAGAAUUUCUUCAUUCUAAUGUAUGUCGCCAAUGGUGGAGGUGGAGCUAAUGUCUGUUUAAAUGAAGCAUAUGGUAGAUCUGUCCAAACAUGACAAAAAAAAAAAAAAUUUAAAACAAAUUGCGGAUGACAGAAGUUGUCCUGUAUGUGACAGUAUGCUGUGCAUUGAGUAAUUAUAAUAAAAAUAGAUCAUGUUUUCUUGACAAAAGACUGUUCAAGUGUCAAGGCUAUUGUUUGGGGGAUUGGGUGGCUACUGUUUGUUGGGGGGGUGGGAAGCACUUUUUGUAACCCAUUACCGAUUUUAUAUUAUUAAGCACCUAAUCACUGAAAUGGUAUUUGCACUUUCAUAUUCUUUACUUGAUACAUUCCCAGUUUAUAUGGAAAAUACAAAUGUGUGAUGUUUGGCCAAUGAAUUGGACCGAUCUGAGUGUGAAUCUUAAUAAAGUUGCUAAGACAAAUUCA